GUCAACCGUCACUAGGCCAACCGAAGGAAAAAAGAAUGGCUACUGUCAUCAUCAACAAGCCACCAUUAGCAACUUUUCUCCCAUUCUCCAAGGCUACGAUCACAAGAGCUUCCUUACACCUCCCAAUUUCGCCAGCGGUUCGCUUCUCCGGUGAAUUGUGUCGCCGGAAAACCAGAGGCUUGUCAGUGGUGACACGUGCCGGCCCCAGCACGAGCAGCUACGUGUUUGCAUUCGUGUUCCCGCUGUCUCUUCUCGCUGUCACCAUCUUCACUUCUUUGAGGGUUGAUGAUAAGCUUGAAAGAGAGUUUCUCGAGGAGCUUGCAGUUAAUGAAGCCAUGAGGGAAGCAGAUGAAGAGGAAGGUGAUGUUGCCAUUCCUGUAGACGAGGAACCUGUGGUUCCACGUACUCGCAACCGGCCAAAACGUGAAGCUUAGACCUCAUCUGUGCAGCUUGGUGUUGUAUCAUGUAUGAUUUUGACUUGGAGAUCAGAUGAAUCAUAGAAAAACCAAUCUGGGGGAAACAGUUAUAACUCACUAGUGGCUUCAAUCAGCUCUUUAUUCCAAUUGAAUUAUUGUAUCAAGAACAAUGUAUAUUUAUUGGAACUAAUAUUUCAGACAUACUUGUAUGAUAAAUCAUAUCAUAUUGGGUUUGUUGAACAUUUGUGAAAUUAGUAAUGAAUAAUACAGCAUUAUUAUUCCUCA